GGUGAACGCACCAAUGCAGCCUGUGUUUAGUGUGUCCCAUGUGUUGCACAUGUGAGAGACGCGUUGAAAGCUGUACAUUGGACGAAACUGUAAAUUAAUGAAUUCAUUGAAUAUAUCCUUCUAAAAGCUCACAUUUCUGUCAAAAUGAAGAAGAGAAAGGAAUCGACUGAAACUGAAACGGAAGAUCAGAUGGAGUUACUAGAUAACUCUCAGAAUGAAGACGAAAAUGAGAAAAAGAGUGCAAAACAGUCAAAGGACUCUAAACGAAAAGCGAAGGGCACCGUGUCAGAUGGUGGGGUCUUACGGCCAGUCAAGCUGUCCAAAAAAGAGCUGUACAAAGCCCCAACUGUGGAAGAGCUCAACCAGCUGAAAGAAGCAGAGAAUCUCUUCCACUGCAGCAUAUUGAAAAUGCAGAUGGAGGAGCUGCUGAAAGUAGUGGCCCUUAGUGAGCACAGGAAGAAGCUGGUGGACUCCUUUGUGCAGCAGAUCACAGAUUUCCUGCAGUGUGUGCCUGACUCUGAAGUUGCGGAGUUGGAUGAUAUUUCAUGGUUGUCAGGUGUUGAAGUCCCAUUCCUCCUCGUCCCAUCGACAGCAAAAGGCAAAUUUCACAUGGAGCCUCCUGCAUCAAUCAACCUGGUGGGCAGUUAUCCACUGGGCAUGUGUAUCAAACCCAAAGUCUCUGUGGACUUGGCUGUUACCAUUCCAGCUUCUAUUUUGCACCCAAUGGAUGCCAUUAACCAGCGGUACUCUCGAAAGCGAGCGCUGUAUCUGGCUGGCCUGGCGCGCCAUCUCUCCUUCGCAAAGUGUGUGGGUUCACUGCACUACUCUUGUCUACAUGGCAACCGACUUCGCCCAAUCCUACUACUCAAACCCCCAGGUAAUGACAGCAAUAAGGUCACUUUAAGGAUUCAUGCCAUUCCACCACCGGACUUCCUCAAACCUAGCCGCUUCCAUCCUCAGAAGAACAACAUCAGGACUGAGUGGUUUACUGCUGUUGCCAAUACGCAGCAAGAGAGCAGUGAGCCCCCAACUCCUCAUUAUAACAGCACAGUUCUUGGAGAUCAUCUCCCACUGUCACAUCUUCAGUUCCUGUCGGCCAUCAGUGCACAGUGUCCUGCUUUUGGAGAGGGUGUGGCCCUCCUCAAAGUGUGGCUAAGACAGCGGGAACUGGACCAG